AUGCGGAGACUCAGUCAAAAUGCCACAGGAGCAUUCGCCCCAACUAAACCCUCACAGAGCCAUCUGAGACAGCAACUCGAUUUGGAGGCACCGAACGAGGCCAACGAAGGCGAGAGUACGGCCGACUCACUGACCGUACCCGGGCCACCCUUUGCCAACGGGUCUAAAAGCCUGGAACGGGGGUCAAAUACAGGGGGUAAAGUAAAGGCCAAUAGACGUUUCAGCGGAUUCCUGAGUGUGUUUGACUAUAGUGGUGAGAGAGGGAAGGGUCUACCAGAGACUAAUAACAACGUGCUCUGCACCCAGAGUGCUGACGUGGUCUAUAGCGGACAG